CCCGCGUCUUUCCCGAGGUCUCUUCUACCAAGUACUUCAUCAGCUGCAUCAUCAACUCUAUCCAGCUUCUUUUUAACGCAACUAUCGCGCAAGGAUACCAAUGGCGCGACGAAGACGUCUUGAGAUCUGAAUCGCCAUGUCCAAACUAUCUCCCACCCUCAAAUCCCUCAUCAACGCCGCCCAUGCGCGUCCAGGUCCCAUUCCGGCACCUCCGCAGAUCAACUCCAUCUUCAAGCAGAUCGAGCGGGAAGCCAGGGAACGACAUGUUGGGCGCCCGUCAUGGCUUGCGCUGGCCACCGCUACGACCAUGACGCUGAACUCUCCCGGCUCCCUCAAUGCCCUCUACACCGUCGCGACAGCCUCCUCGCCUUCGUCCGCCGUCGAAACCGCCGAAUAUAUCCGUGAAGCUGGCCUGAAAUGCGUCGGCUUCAACGGCCUCCCGAGAGUCAUCAACAUGCUCAACGCAUUCCACGCCUCUCUCCCCUCUUCCGUCGCAUCGCAACUCAACACCCGACCAUCGCGGGUAUUGAAGCCUGAGCUGCUGUCGGGAGUAGCAGAGAGAGGAAAGAAGCUCUGGGAUAGCAUAUACCGUCCGUUUGAGAACAAGCUGUAUGAUAAGUUGGCGACGUCACAUCCGGAUUUGCCGGUCCAUAUCCUGAAUUCGGAGUACGGGGCACUCCUCGCUGAUCCGCCUUCCAAAUCCCAAACGCCGGCUACGGCUGUUGGGCGAGUCAAUACUUCCAUCAUAGCUGUUGCUUGUCUGCGGGCGCAGCAGGGUGUUGGACCGCAGGUUCUGUCACACGUCUUUGGGCUGCGGAAGGCGGUCGAAGAUGGAAGCUGGCGGGAUGACGCUGCAGCUGUUGAAGACGGAGGCGAGGAAGGGGUCAGAUGGCUCGCGAGUGAUGAGGGCUGUGUCUGGAUACUGGAGAAGGUAGACAGCCUCGUUGAGGCAUUGGGAGGUGCGAACUUCGCGCCAGCCAGAGCAAAGCUAUGAGCAUGCUACGUUGAGGUGUGUUCAACAUGAUAUAUACAGCCGUCUAAGACUUUCCAAUACCGCAAUUUCAACAUCACAUGACUGUUUUCUUUUUUUUUCUGAUCUUCAUGAGCGCUUCAAGAUUACACUCGGCAUAUCGAAUCCGUAUAGGACAACUCCCAAAUUUGGUAUCAUCAUUGCAUCAAUCACCAUCGGCACCCGCGUAAUGAGCACACGGUCAUCUGAAAUGACCAGCCAUUCGUAUGAGAUCUCAUUUCCAGUCACCACUCAUCCGGGCGCAACACUCAUAUAUCGGUCUGCUCGU